GUCAUGGUCCCCCGUGGGCGUGGAUCGAGACACAGGCGAGCUGCGGGUGACACGGGCGCUGUCCCUGGAGGCGUCGCCAUUGCGUCUCGUCGUGGGCGCUGCCGACGGAGGCUCGCCACAGCGCUACGCCUUCGCCAACAUUACGAUCUAUAUAAGGAAUAUGUCCGAACCCUUACACGUGACAGUCAACAAUUCCACGGAGUCCAGUCUUGAGGUGUGCUGGUCGCCCCCCGCCCACGGCCGCCCACAGGGUUACGUCCUCACCUACACGCCCACGACCGCCCACAAGACCUACGAGAAGGGUUCGCUCAACCUCACCCUCGAUGAGCUGCAUUCGAGGGUAGUGGCCCCAGGCGCAGACGAAGGCGUUUCCCCAACACCACCCCCCCCGGGGCGAGAAAGGGGGGCCAGGAGGGGCGGGGGCCCUUGGGAAAUUUUACCGCUACUGCCGGGUGGGGGCCGGGCCGGGGUGGACGGAGUACUCGUGUCCGUGGGGGGGGGCGUGGGCGGGGGCCAGGUUGUCCCCCGGGCCGCCCCGCCGCUCGGGCCACCACCCGGUUUUGAACUAUCAGUUUUUGGCUAA